GGGGUGUCACAUAGGGACAGUUUGUCCCCAAAUUAUUACAAUCCAGCUCCUAUCCUGCUAGUGUGCAAACGGAUUUCCUCCGAUGCAUUUUUCCCUCUCCCAAGUCUCUCUGAAACCAACAAGACUGGGGUUAUGAAGUCAAUCCUAGAUGGCCUCGCAGAUACGACUUUCCGAACAAUCACAACAGAUCUCCUUUACGUGGGCUCCAACGAUAUCCAGUACGAAGACAUGAAAGGCGACAUGGCAUCCAAGCUGGGAUACUACCCCCAGAAAUUCCCUCUCUCUUCCUUCAGGGGUGAUCCUUUCCAAGAAAAAAUGACUGCGGGAGAUGACCCCCUGCUGAGCAUUAUUCCCUCAGAUCAGGUCAACAUCACAGAGUUUUACAAUAAGUCCCUGUCCACGUUUAAGGAUAAUGAGGAGAACAUACAGUGUGGGGAGAACUUCAUGGAUAUGGAGUGCUUCAUGAUCCUGAACCCCAGCCAGCAGCUGGCCAUCGCUGUGCUGUCACUCACCCUGGGCACCUUCACGGUCCUAGAGAACCUCCUUGUCCUGUGCGUCAUCCUCCAUUCCCGAAGCUUGCGGUGUAGACCCUCCUACCAUUUCAUCGGCAGCCUGGCUGUGGCUGACCUCCUGGGCAGCGUGAUUUUUGUCUACAGUUUUGUGGAUUUCCAUGUUUUCCACCGGAAGGACAGCCCCAAUGUCUUCUUGUUCAAACUGGGUGGAGUUACAGCCUCCUUCACCGCCUCUGUAGGUAGCCUUUUCCUGACGGCAAUAGACCGGUACAUAUCUAUACACAGGCCGCUAGCUUACAAAAGGAUUGUUACCCGACCAAAAGCUGUCGUAGCAUUUUGUGUGAUGUGGACCAUCGCUAUUGUAAUAGCCGUUCUUCCCCUGCUCGGCUGGAACUGCAAAAAGCUCAAUUCCGUUUGUUCGGACAUAUUCCCCCUCAUCGACGAGACGUACCUGAUGUUCUGGAUUGGGGUCACCAGCGUCCUCUUGCUGUUCAUUGUCUAUGCCUACAUGUACAUACUGUGGAAGGCUCACAGCCACGCUGUUCGCAUGAUUCAGCGGGGCACGCAGAAAAGCAUAAUCAUUCAGUCUACGGAGGAUGGUAAGGUGCAGAUCACUAGGCCUGAUCAAACUCGUAUGGACAUCAGGUUAGCCAAAACCUUGGUCCUUAUCCUAGUCGUUUUAAUCAUAUGCUGGGGCCCUCUCCUUGCCAUCAUGGUGUACGACGUCUUUGGGAAAAUGAACAAGCUCAUCAAGACUGUCUUUGCCUUCUGUAGCAUGCUCUGUUUGCUGAAUUCAACAGUGAAUCCCAUAAUCUAUGCUCUGAGGAGCAAGGACUUGCGACACGCCUUCCGCAGCAUGUUCCCCACCUGCGAGGGGACGGCGCAACCCCUUGACAACAGCAUGGAGUCUGACUGCCAGCACAAACACGCCAACAACGCAGGGAACGUGCACAGGGCUGCUGAGAGCUGCAUUAAGAGCACAGUUAAGAUUGCCAAAGUUACCAUGUCUGUCUCCACAGACACGACUGCUGAAGCGUUGUAAGUCAGAGACUUCUCAGUGUUGUGAGAAAAAAGGGAGUUAGUUUUAAAAAAACAAACAACAAAAAAAAUCAACAACAGAGAAAACCAAACCCGUGGCUUAACGUGUUUGUACCCUCCUGUAAUAUUUUUUUGGUUUGUCAUUGUAAGCUGAGCGAUGAUUGUGUUAAGAGCAUUGCCAUCAGCCAGUCCUUCAGGUUUUACAAUUAGGGAUUCAAGCUAAAUUUUCUACAGUUUUUUUUCUCAAAAAGUGUUUGCUGAAUAAUAGUAAGUUUCCUGAAAGAGCACAGAGAAAAUACCAGGUUAGCAAUGCUCCUUUUGGGAGUGUGAAGAAAAAUUGUGAAACCUAAUUGAAAACUAAUGCAUCCAAAACCAAUACCAUCAAAUAAGGAAAAAAGCCUUGUAAUCAUGCUGUUCAUUUCAAUGUGAAGUGUAUUUCAUGUCCAUAAGUACUAGGAGUUUUUGAUUUUUUUUCCAAAAGCGGCAGUGCUGAGUUUUAGAGGUUUUGUAAAAUGUGUCGUGUCCUGUGAAUCGUAUGCUGUUUUAUUAUGUGUUAUUGAUAUUUGUCUGAUUAAACAAAGUGAUAAGGUAGACUUCCGUGGAAAUAAUGUGAAAUGUGAUAUGUAAACCCCAUUGAAAACACUUACUGUAUUUGAAGAAUUCCUAUGAGCUAUUUUGGAAAUUUUACACUUUUAGUGGUCUUCUGUGGACUUAGAGGAGAGGCUUUGUGUUCUUCUACUAAAAUCAUUUCCCCACUGCCUUUUACUUUCACAUGCAUUCGAGAAUAACAGCAACAAAGGAAUAGAGGAGGAAUGUUAAGAGAGGAAUGCACUGGUUCAGACUUUUAUAUACCACUGCGUUUAUACAGAAGGACGUUUCUGGUUGUACAGACUAUCGCCCUGCUCUCGGGCAUUAUGAACACUGAAAGGCGAAGGUGCUGGAUAUUAGCUCCUUUAACAGGCAACUGGUUUUAAGCCACGUGCUGGUGCUGGACCACUGAAGACAGCAUGUGUCAGACUCAAUGUGCGAUGUUAUCACUGUGCAGUUGAUGUAUAAUUCAAGUGUGUCGCAUUCUUGUAUCCCAGGUUUAAGCAGAUUCAGAGCCUGAGAUGUCAAACUCCCAUCUUCACUAAAAGAGGAGGAAAUAUUGUCAGACUUAGACAUUUCCUUAUUGUGUGAGCGUGUAUAUAAAUAAAUAUCUAUGUGUGUGUA